AAGCAGAUGGGAAGAGGCAGGGGUGUGCCCUCGAGACUGAUGGCUUGUCCUGCUCUGGCCUGUGUGUCCUGAGCAUGUGCUGUACCUGUUGGACCAGUCGCACACAUUUCCACCCCACUCUGCAGCAGCAGCCUUGGUACGUGGGUGUCCCUUCAGUCUGAGCUGGAGUGUAGGAGAGCUCGUCCCCGAUGACCUGUGAAGGGGGACCCCUCUAGCAGCUUCAUGUCCCAGCCCCACCCUUCCCCACAUCCCCUCAAUCUGAAGCCUUUAACCAAACGGGAGUGGGUACAGAAAGCCUUCUCCUGGCAUCUUAGGGCAGCAGGACAAGGGCUGUCCAGUGUGUCCAGCUCUGCUGCUCUCCUGGCGCUGAGAGGUGGGCGGAGCAGAGUUGAUCAGACCCUGCCUGCCCUGCGUAGGGCUGAAGACAGGAGAUGGGGUGGGUACGCUGGGAUCUGCCGGGGUGGGCGGGGGUUGUUGAAGAUCCAGGUGGGGAGGGGCCCCACUGGAGCACUCUGGCUGACCUGGGUGGCGGCGGCCUCGCGCCCUCCCUGCCCUGUGCAGUAUUUAUUGCUAAAUUAUUGUCCAGGAGGGGCGGCACUGGGCCAGGCCCCGGGUAUUUAUUGCUGUACAUAGUGUAUGUUUGUGAUAUAUAAGGUUUUCUUUAUUUUGUAUAUGAUCAAUAAACACCUUUUAAAGAGACUGGCAGGUGCUUCCUUGGGGCGACGCAAGGGCGGGGGCGGAAGGGCGAGGUGGGCCUCGCGCGCAUGUGUCGGCGCGCGGCCUGCCGGGAGGCGGAAGCGGAAGCGCGAGUCUCCCCGGGAGAGAUGGCCGCCGGGGGUCUGAGCCGGUCGGAGCGCAAGGCGGCGGAGCGGGUCCGGAGGCUGCGGGAGGAGCAGCAGAGGGAGCGCCUCCGCCAGGUGUCGCGCAUCCUGAGGAAGGCGGCGGCCGAGCGCAGCGCGGAGGAGGGCCGGCUCCUGGCCGAGAGCGAGGACCUGGUGACCGAGCUGCAGGGCCGGAGCAGGCGGCGCGAGGGCCUGAAGCGGCGGCAGGAGGAGGUGUGCGACGACCCGGAGGAGCUGCGGAGGAAAGUCCGGGAGCUGGCUAGCGCCGUCCGCAACGCCAAGCACCUGGUCGUCUACACGGGCGCGGGGAUCAGCACGGCAGCUUCUAUCCCAGAUUACCGGGGUCCUAAUGGAGUGUGGACGCUGCUUCAGAAAGGAAGAAGCAUUAGUGCUGCUGACCUGAGUGAGGCCGAGCCGACCCUCACCCACAUGAGCAUCACCUGCUUACACGAGCAGAAGCUGGUGCAGCACGUGGUGUCUCAGAACUGUGACGGGCUCCACCUGCGGAGCGGGCUGCCUCGCACAGCCAUGUCGGAGCUCCACGGGAACAUGUAUAUCGAAGUCUGCACAGCCUGCACUCCCAACAGGGAGUAUGUGCGGGUGUUUGAUGUGACGGAGCGCACCGCCCUACACCGACACCAGACUGGCCGCACCUGCCAUAAGUGCGGGGCCCAGCUCCGGGACACCAUCGUGCACUUUGGGGAGAGGGGGACACUGGGACAGCCUCUGAAUUGGGAGGCGGCCACCCAGGCUGCCAGCAGAGCAGACACAAUCCUGUGCUUAGGCUCCAGCUUAAAGGUUCUAAAGAAGUAUCCACACCUCUGGUGCAUGACAAAGCCCCCCAGCCGGCGGCCCAAGCUCUACAUUGUGAACUUGCAGUGGACCCCGAAGGAUGACUGGGCUGCUCUGAAGCUGCACGGAAAGUGUGAUGACGUCAUGCGGCUCCUCAUGGAUGAGCUGGGCCUGGAGAUCCCCCGCUACAGCAGGUGGCAGGACCCCAUCUUCUCGCUGGCCACUCCCCUGCGUGCGGGUGAAGAAGGCAGCCACAGUCGCAAGUCGCUGUGCAGAAGUCGAGAAGAACCUGGGCCUGGGGACCGGGGUGCACCACUUAGCUCAGCCCCUGUCCUGGGCGGCUGGUUUGGCAGGGGCUGCACCAAGCGCACAAAAAGGAAGAAAGUAACGUAACCUGAUGCUUGACCGAGAACAAUGAUGGCACUUUGCAAAUGGCCGGGACUCUUGUUCAGGGGCAAGUGGCACUGUUAAGGCCAGGACUGCCCCUGGAAUUCUCUGGGGGUGACGUUUUCACCCUGACAUGUUUAGCCAUUUGUCCUUGUGGAAAGCUCCCUUGCACUGCUGUGGUUGCCCCCCCCGCAUGGGCCUAAUGAUGGAAGACACCUCGCCCAAGCAGCCUCUUCUAAAGAGGUGGCAGCCACACCCUCUGUGAAAAGAGGACUCGGGUUAUUUCACACCUGGCCAGCUAAGAGGAAGCACACGGCUGCCUUACCUCAUUCACUAGGCUAGUCUCAGGGGCCUCAACUCUAUUUCUACCACUUCUUACUAAAAAUGUUAAAUUUAUAGAAGCCGCCUUCUGUAUUGGGUAUGCUGCAAAGGAGUGGUUUUUGAGCCUUGGCUCUCAGCAGGCCUUUUUAUUGUUAUUAAACAUCUCUGCACUGUC